GAUGGGUAUAUGUAAGAGAGAUUUGGCUGAGGUGUGGUACCCUGAUGUGCCCCUCUUUUCCAUAUCCACACUAUAAAGGGCGAAGCCGUAGAUGACCCUGUGCAUUCUUUUGAACAUCAAUUUUCCUGGGUGCUCUCAGAAAUGGCGAUAACGCUCAACAAUGGCUUCAAGAUGCCGCUUAUCGGCCUCGGCGUAUGGCGUAUGGACGGAAAAGACAUCAAAACCCUCCUAUUCAGCGCCAUCAAACUGGGCUACCGCCACUUCGACUGUGCCGCUGAUUACAAGAAUGAAGCAGAAGUUGGUGAGGCACUCGCUGAAGCAUUUCAGACAGGGCUUGUUAAGAGAGAGGAUCUUUUCAUUACUACCAAGCUUUGGAAUUCAGAUCAUGGACAUGUUUUAGAAGCCUGUAAAGACAGUUUGAAGAAGCUUCAGCUUGAUUAUCUGGAUUUAUACCUUGUUCACUUCCCCAUAGCCACGAGGCAUACUGGAGUUGGUACAACUGAUAGUGCUUUGGGUGAUGAUGGUGUGCUGGACAUAGACACGACGAUAUCCUUGGAAUCUACCUGGCAUGCCAUGGAAGAUCUGGUUUCCAUGGGUUUAGUUCAGAGCAUAGGAAUCAGCAACUAUGACAUUUUCCUUACUAGAGAUUGCUUGGCUUAUUCUAAAGUGAAGCCUGCUGUGAACCAGAUCGAAACACACCCCUACUUCCAGCGUGAUUCUCUCGUCAAAUUCUGCCAAAAGCACGGCAUCUGCGUCACAGCCCACACCCCUCUAGGUGGUGCCACGGCUAACACCGAAUGGUUUGGUUCUGUGUCAUGUUUGGACGAUCCCAUUCUCAAAGGUUUAGCUGAGAAAUAUAAAAAGACUGUGGCUCAGAUUGUUCUCCGGUGGGGUAUUCAGCGAAACACGGUAGUCAUCCCAAAGUCAUCGAAACUCGAGCGACUGGAGGAGAACAUCAAAGUUUCUGACUUUGAGCUGACCAAGGAGGACAUGGAUCUGAUUAAAAGCAUUGACCGGAGCCACCGGACCAAUCAACCUGCGGUAUUCUGGGGUGUCGAUAUGUAUGCAUAAAUUGGUCGUGGUUGUGUGAGUGGCGAGGUUCCUUUUAUUUUCUGCUGAUAAUAAAACAUGAGGAAACGAACGGUGUUUGAUGUGGUGGAUUGAACUUACUUUGGAUUCUAUUGGUGGUUUGAUUUUGGUUU